GGAACACGCGCGGGAAGUUUGUGUUAGUAACCGGUAAUGUGCUGUCAGACGUGGUGUUUUCCGCGUACCACCGUAGCAUGUUUUAUUCUUUCUUUAACUGAAUUUGCUUUGUCCGAACUUCCAUGUUGGAAUCCUUAAAAUGGUUCAAAUACUCAUUUCAAGCCCAGAAAAUGAGAAACCUGGGGAUUGGAUGUUGAUGGAGCUUCAGGGUGAGAUUGAAUCUCGUCAUAAUACUAGUCUUGGAGGAAGUGUAAUGGGAGAUCUGCAUUUUACAAAGGAGGGUGUUCCUGUAUUAAUCAUAGGCCAUCAUAUUCUGUAUGGAAAAGUUGUCAAACUGGAGAAACCUUUUGCUGUGCUUGUCAAGCAAUCACAGCAACAGAAAAUUGAUGAAAAUGCCAUGGAAACAGAUGAAGAAAAACAUUCCACGUUUUAUCAGGUUACUGCACUCAUUAAGAAAAAGAUAAUAUUUAAAACGCGUCCCAAGCCAAUCAUCACUAAUGUGCCAAAGAAAGUAUAGCAGUAACUUUAAUGAUCAUUAUUUUGUACAUUAAAUUUCAAUGACAAAGUUGAAUGAUGACUAAUACUAGUAAUUUUUCUUUGUUUAGGUAACUUAGUUAACAAUGUAAAAUAAUCAUUUUUGCACACUUAUUUAAAAUUGUGUGUUCUGUGCUAGAAGCAACUCAAGAAACAGUUUCUUUGUAUUUAAACAGUAUUCACUUUAUUAACUGUGACUUUUUACAGGCACUUGUGUAAGAAUAAAUUAAUAAAAUUGUGAUAAGGUA